UUCCAAAAAUCCGAAGUCACUCACAUGUCAAUUUCAAGCCAGCCAUCUCAACCUUAAAAAACACAACUCGAAGUCUCGUCUUUCCCUGCAAGUCUCUUUUGGCUGCUGCUGCUGCUACUAGCUUAGAUAUGUAUUCGAAAAUAUUUCCUUCGGAGAUUCAAGCGAAGAAGGAUGAAGAGGGACAGAGGAACAAGGUGGUUAAGAGAUGGACGGUAUGGAAGAAGUCAAGUAUGUCUUUCGUAGGAUCUGAUGGCUUCUCUGUUUAUGAUGGAGAGGGGAAGCUAAGCUUUCGAGUGGACAACUAUUCCAGGAGGAAUAAGUUUCGUCUUGGAGAGCUUGUGCUUAUGGAUGCAAUUGGAAGGCCACUGCUGUACCUCCGGCCUCAAAUUAUGAGCAUGUAUGCCCAGUGGAAAGGAUACAGAGGAUCUGACGAAGACAACUCAAAAACAAGCUCCAAAUAUCACCUCUUCACCAUGAGAAAGCGUUCAAUUGCUCCCAACAGCGAUGUUCUCGUCGAAGUCUUCAUGUCUGACAAUGGUGCCAUGUCUGCAGACUUUACAAUAGAAGGAAACUUCAGGAAGAGAUGCUGCAAAAUUCGUGCCAGAGAAGGACAAGUAUUGGCUGUUAUCUCACCGAAGAUGGUCAGCCCAACAUUGGUGCUUGGCAAUGACGUCUUCAGCCUCUUCAUAGAGGAGCAAGUCGGGCCUGAGCUGGUGAUGGCUCUCAUCGUUAUCAUGGAUCGCAUUUGUUAAAUGGAUGCAUGCACGCCCAUACCAUCUCAGUGCCACGUGGACAGCUCUAUAGAGUAGGGUUGUGUCAUUCUAUUUGAUUGAGGUCAUAACUUACAGCCGUAGGACAGGAAAAGAUAUUACAUCUGUACUCUCGCAUGCAUGCAGAGCUGUUUGCGGAGUUUAAUGUCGAGCCGACACGUGGAAAGUAGGGGCCCACCUGCAUAAAAAAUGAAAAAAAGAAUGAAAAUGCGCGACUCGGCCCCACUGAUGUGUUAUAGGAAUAUUAUAUCGCAUAUGAAUGUUCUCUCGCGUUAUUUUGAAUAUUUUUUGUGUUAUUCAUGUGUUAUUGAUGUGUUAUU